UUUAGUUGGUGGGCAGCUGCCACAGGCAACGCACGCGUCGCAUUCCACAAAACUAGAAACCGUUUCGGAUUUUUGUACGUCGCGCGAAAAACUCUAACAAGUUUUUCAAAUAGUUAUUUUGCAAGAAUUUACACAACAAGAAUUUAGACAACACACACACACUAAAGAUGCCGGAGGAAGUGCCUGCCAAGGGCAGCGUCUUGGGCAAACUCGUGCCCGCACGCUAUGUGCUCGCUAUAUUGGGAUCCAUAGGCAUGGCCAUUGUGUAUGGCCUGAAGGUGAAUCUGAGUGUCGCCAUGGUUGCCAUGGUGAACCACACGGCCAUCCACAAGGCGGAUGAUCAUCAGAACGAUACCGCUGCGUGCUCUCCACCAGGCGAUGCCACCAACAACACUGCCAAGGUUGAGGAUGGUCCUUUUGCUUGGAGUGAACCACUGCAGGGCACCCUGUUGAGCUGUUACUUCUGGGGCUAUUUGGUCUCACAGAUUCCGCUCGCUCACGUUGCCGAGAACUUCUCGGCCAAGUGGGUCAUGUUGUUCUCGGUGGCCAUCAAUGUGCUGUGCACCCUGCUGACUCCUGUCUUUACCGAGCUCCAUUAUGGUGGCCUGAUUGUGAUGCGUGUGCUUGAGGGCGUCGGAGGCGGAGCCUCAUUCCCGGCUAUGCAUGUGAUGAUUGCCUCGUGGGCACCGCCCAGCGAGCGUAUGGUCAUGUCUACAAUCAUCUAUGUGGGCACCUCGGCUGGCACUGCGCUCUCCAUUCUCAUGUCUGGCAUGUUGUCCGCCGCUUGGGGCUGGAGGUCCAUAUUCUAUGUAAUGGGCGUUUUGAGUUGCAUUUGGAUGGCCUUGUGGAUAAUCCUCGUUCAGGAUAACCCCAACAAGCAGCGUUUCAUUAGUCCUGAGGAGCGUCAUAUGAUUACCAGCUCGUUGGGCACCGAGACCAAGGUCGAACAUCAUCCAAAGGUGCCAUGGGGCCAGGUCUUCAAAUCUGUUCCGUUCUGGGCUAUUCUUAUUGCUCACACAUGCAACAACUUUGGCUGGUACAUGUUCCUCAUCGAGAUUCCGUUCUACAUGAAGCAAGUGCUCAAGUUCAAUGUGGCCAGCAAUGCUGCACUCUCCGCUCUGCCCUACUUCCCCAUGAUCAUCUUCAGCAUAUUCCUUGGCAAGCUGUUGGACACGCUGCAGUCGAAGGGCAAAAUCAGCACAACUGUAGCUAGAAAGACCGCCACCUCGAUCUGCACCGUUAUUCCUGGCAUCUGUUUGCUGAUCCUAUGCUACAUCGGUUGUCUCCACUACGAAGCUGUCUCGGUCAUGUCCGUGGGCAUUGUGGCCAUGGGCGCCAUGUUCUCUGGCUUCCUCUCCAAUCACAUUGAUAUCGCGCCCAAUUUCGCUGGCACUUUGGUGGCAUUGACCAACACAGCAGCCACUUUACCCGGCAUCAUUGUGCCCCUCUUCGUUGGCUUUGUGACACACGGCAACCAAAACAUUGGCGCUUGGCGCAUCAUCUUUGGCACCACAAUUGCUCUGUUCACUCUGGAGUUCUUCGUCUUUGUCAUAUUUGGCUCUGGAGCUGAACAAUCGUGGAAUCGGUCUGGUGCCCAGCAGCAAAUUGAAGUCAAGGAUGAAAAGACACCGCUGAAGGAGACUCCUCCAUCGAAGGCAUAAAAUUAGUAAUCUCGUUGCACGAACAAAACAAAAAACCAACAAACAAAAGUAAACAAAUGCAGAAUCAAUUGAUUUGUAGAGCCAAGCACAAAGAAAAAGAGAUAAAAAGAUAAUGAUCAAUUCUGUUGCACUGUCGCACUGGACUGUAAAUACCAAUACCAAUUAUAGUUUUUAGUUCUCUCUAUUUACUAAGUAUACUCGUAACUGUGCGUCUAUGGACAACCACCCCACUUUAUUAUACAACCCAAAACCGAAUCCUUCAUCGCUUAACUGCCUCAUGUACUUAACCUACCGACAAAAAUCUACUCAAGAAAAUUAUCCGCCUACAGACAAACAAAUAAAACGAUAUAGUAG